AUGGGCAUACAGAACUGCAUACAAAACUCCACUGGGGAUGUCGCCCUACAGUUGCAAGAGUUUGAGGAGAUUCGAAACGAAGCUUACGAGAAUGCUAUGAUUUAUAAAGAGAAAAGUAAGAAAUUUCAUGAUCAUAAUAUUUUGAGGAAAGAAUUCAAAGUUGACCAAAAAGUUUUGCUCUAUCAUUCUCGACUUAAAUUGUUUCCAGUUGAGAUUCAAAGUCUAAGCACGGAAAAGAGGUUUGUUGUGAAUGGGCAUUGUCUUAAACUUUACUAUGAGGGGUUCCAGAGCAAAGAAGUGGAGUGCGUAGUUCUCUUUGAGCCGCGUGACUAG